AUGGAGUUUGUCACCGGCUACCGGGCCGAGAUCCUGGACUUUGCCGAGCUGCUUUUCAGCUGGUACCGGCGCUUCCUGCUGGAUUCUGCCUGCCGGCGAGGCAGCGAACGCCGCAAGCGCCAGGAGGGCUCCAUCCGGCGCCUGCCUCCAGAUCCAGCCCUCUGGGUGCUGCACGCCUUGCCCAACCGGGCGCUGGCCUUCACCGUGGCCGACCCCGGGCAGCAGGUGGCCGGCCGCUUCUACAGCGAGGAGGCCCUGGCCCUGGGGGACCUGGAGCGCUUCAUCACCUUUGUGGGCGCUGGCGAGGAAGACGACGAGGAGGCCGCACCUGAGACAGGCCAGCCCCUCUGGCGCGUGGACCACCUCCUGCUGGUGACGGACGAGCACGGCAGCAUCCUGGGCUUUGACUUCCAGCUGGGGGGGUCCUCCGCAGGGGCCACGGGGGCCGAGCAGCCCCUGGAGCCCCGCGCCGUCGCCCUCCUGUGCCACAGCAUGAUCUGCCCUCUCGGCACAGGGGAGCCGCGUAGGCCCAAGCUGCUCACCGUGGGAGACGCGGCCUUGCACAAGUCCCUGGAGCCGCUGCUCUCGAGGCUGGGGGUGAAGAUGAGCAAGGGCCCAAUGCGCGGCUGGGGCCCCAAGCCAGCCUUCACCUUCCCCACCACCCGCGUGAGGGCCUGCCACGUCUGCAAGCGGCACAGCUUCGAGGGACAAAUCACGGCGUGCCAGCACUGUAGGGCUGUCCUGUACUGCUCCGAGCGCUGCCACAAGCUGGACUGGAACCGCAGCCCCGAGGACAUCGGGCACCAGUUCUGGUGCCAGCGCAUGGCUGGGUACAUGAGUCGCACCCGGGAGCUGGCCAACCUGCCCUUCACCUUCACAGCAGAGGUGACCAGCGAGAACUUCAACAAAGAGGGCUUCCUCUGUGCCAGGGGUCUGACCCGCGGCUACUGGGCCGGAGAGAGCAUGCUGCUUCCAGGCCCAGGAGCAAAGCUGCCUGGACUGGCAGUCGAAACUCACUUCUGGAACCCUUUUGAGGCGCUGCGGCCGGAAGGAGGGACAGCUCUUCCGCCAGCCCCCCCAGAGCCUCCCACACCCCGGACAUUCUUUGGGUCCUGGAAGGAGUAUUACCAGUGGCGGGGGCUGCCCCUCGGAGCCCCUCUGGCCGUCCUCCUGAGCUACCCCCUCACUGCCUACUACAUCAUCACCCAACUGGCCCCUCAGCACUUUCCCGAGCUGAACAUCCUGAACAAGCAGUCUCUCAAGAUCCACGUGGUAGAGGCAGGCAAAGAAUUUGGGGUUCUGAUGGUCUUCUGGGAGUUGUCGGUGCUGCUGCCCCAUGUCUCUCUGGAGCUUCUGUUUGUGGGGGACGCCCUGCCCCCCCAAUUGGACGGCCAGCAGUUUCUCCUUCAGAGGGAUACUGUUGAAUUAUCUGUUCUAUGUCAACAAGGGGUCUCUGUCCGGCCUGGCCUGGCCCCCAGAUGCAAAGGGGGGCGGCGUGAACUUCAGUUUGGGUUCAGUGCCCGCCCCUACCACCUCUUGCAGGCGCCCAAACCGGACCUGGUCAUUGGGUUCAACUCUGGUUUUGCCCUCAAGGAGACUUGGCGGAGUUCUCUGCCGCGACUUCAGUCCCUUCGGGUGCCGGCCUACUUCACCGAAUGCAGUGAGUACAGCUGUGCUGUGGAUGAGGCUGCUGUCUCCAUGGCGACGGGGGGCAGCGCCAGCCCUCCCCAGAUCAACCCUUUCCGGUCGCCUUUCCGCCAGGCUGGAAUCGACAACGCCAUGCCCUGGUACUCCAACGCCUUCAUCUUCCACCUGAUCUACAAGGCAUCCUCAGCCAGCAACCACCGGCAGACCCCUGCCCCUCUGCCCCAGGCCCUGCCACCCAGCGGGAACGCAGACCCCCCCGAGGCAGCCCGGAGCAGGCGCAAGGAGAAGAGGCAGAUCCGGGCGGCAGGGCGGCGGCGCAAGUGA